CCUCUCUCUCUCUCUCUCUCUCUCCCCUUUUAAGGACUAAAGUUUAAACAAGCAAUCCCACACAUUUCACACACUUCCCCUUCAUUGUCAAGUCAACAGCAACCAGUAACAGCUCGGUUCUGCCCUUGCAUUAUCAAGUUACUCUUUUGUGUCUCUGUUUCUUUGGGUUUGAGCCAGAAAAAGAUGAAUGGGGGGUAUUGCUACAGGGAUGUGCUGCCAUUCACGGCCAUGGUGACCAUGGAGUGCACCAGCGUGGGCUUAACCACACUCUUCAAGGCAGCCACGUUGACUGGGAUGAGCUACCAUGUCUUUGUUGUUUAUGCUUAUGCUGUUGCUGCUAUUGUCCUCUUUCCUGCACCUUUUAUCUCCCAAAGAUCAAAAGAGCUUCCUCCACUUAAUUUUUCCAUACUGUCGAAAAUUGGUCUUCUCGGGCUCAUAGGGAGUUCAUCUCAGAUCAUGGGGUAUGCAGGCAUCAAUUUCAGCUCUCCAACACUUGCUUCAGCCCUCAGCAGCCUGGUGCCAGCUUUCACCUUCAUACUUGCCAUAAUUUUCAGAAUGGAAAAGAUGGAUUCGAGAAGCUCGAGCAGCUUAGCUAAAGUUUUGGGCACCAUGGUAUCAAUAUCAGGUGCAUUUGUAGUGACUCUCUACAAAGGCCCGCCGAUCAUCAUUACUCGGUCAUCAUCCCUUCCACUUCAUCCACCUAUAAGCUCACUAAAAUCAAAUUGGGUAAUUGGUGGCCUUCUACUUACAGCUGACAAUAUUUUGCUUCCACUAUGGUACAUUGUUCAGGCACAAAUUAUGAAGGAGUACCCAAAUGAACUGACCGUGAUAUUCUUUUACAAUUUAUGCGUGAGCAUCAUAGCUAUAGUUGUAGGUUUGAUUACAGAAGAAGAUCCAAAUGCUUGGAGAUUGGAGCCAAAUAUAGCAUUGGCCUCCGUGGUGUGCUCGGGACUCUUUGGGUCAUUCUUGAACAAUGCAGUUCAUACAUGGGCGUUACGCGUGAAGGGGCCUCACUAUGUAGCAAUGUUCAAGCCCUUGUCCAUUGCCAUUGCCGUUGCUAUGGGCUUUAUGUUCCUUGGUGAUACUCUCCAUCUUGGCAGUCUUGUUGGAGCAACAAUAAUAUCAAUCGGCUUCUAUACUGUAAUAUGGGGAAAAUCAAGAGAAGAUAUGGGUGAAGACUCUGGAGUCCGUAGCCUGGAAUCACCAUCUAGCCGCCAAAAGGUCCCUCUAUUGCAGAGCUAUAAAACUGUAAGUGGUAGAGAGAAAAUGCAAGCGAUUGUGUAAAAAGCAUGCUCUAAGUGUGCAGCACCUAGUUGAAUUAUACACAAUCAUAUGGACUUGCCAGUGGCCACUAGUCAGAGCACAUCAAAUAUUACGUUACACCAACCUCUC